AUUAUAUCAAAAAAGAGAUUAGAAAUAAGUAAUACUUAUUAUGAAAUCACAAGAAACGUGAUUUUUAGUAUAUAUAUUGUUUCACCAUUUAUAAUGUGCAUAAUUAUGAGUGCGGCUGUUAGAUAGUGAAUUUUAAUUGUUUAAUAAUGUAUUUAAAUGUUCUAGCUGAUUUAGUAGGUUAGAUUAAAGUUAUUUAAAUUAUCGGCGGAAGCAAAAUUAAUUAAAAACCGAAUAUACCAUGGAAGGAAGUGAGGCAGUGAAAUAUACUUUAACAUCAUAUGCUGCCCCUUUAUUCGCAGGUGCAAUAGCAGGAGUAUCUGUUGAUGUUGCAUUAUACCCUUUGGAUACUUUAAAAACAAGAUUACAAAGCCAGCAAGGCUUUUAUAAAGCUGGUGGUUUCAAAGGUGUCUAUAGAGGUCUUUUGACAGUAGCAUCUGCAUCAGUACCAACAUCAGCCUUGUUCUUUGUGUCUUAUGAAGCAACUAAGUCUCUAAUGACACCAAUGGUUACACCACAGUACUUACCAUUUGUACAUAUGUUUGCAGCAAGUGUUGGUGAAGUGUUGGCAUGUGUACUUCGUGUACCAACAGAAAUAGCCAAACAAAGGAAACAAACAUAUGUUGGAAAAGAAAAAGUGAGCAGUAUUAGAAUUCUUGUAAAGGCAUUCCAAACGGAUGGUUUUCGUAAUGGUCUAUAUCGUGGCUUCUUUUCCACUGUACUGAGGGACUUGCCCUUUAGUUUCAUAGAGCUGCCGCUUUGGGAGUUUCUUAAGUCUGUGGUGAAGGAAAGGAAUGAUGGACAGAUUAGCAGUUUUCAGAGUGCCCUAUGCGGUUCCUUAGCCGGGGGUUUUGCCGCGGCCGCGACAACACCACUGGACCUAGCUAAAACCCGCAUAAUGUUAGCUGAAAAUUACGCUGAAACCCGCAAAUUAAGAAUAAAGCCGGUUUUAUCAGAGAUUUACUCUGUGAACGGGUUUAGAGGACUCUUUGCGGGUGUAACACCGCGUUUCACCGGUUUCAUGGUUGGCGGUUUUGUGUUUUUUGGCGCGUAUGAUGAUGCGAAAUCUUUUUUUACGCGCCAUUUUGAUAGAUAGCAUUGGAUUUUCAUUGUGUAAAUUCUAUAGGAGGUGGAUAAUAUAUUGAUAGCACAAAAUCCGUUUAAUUCGUCGCUUUCUGCCAUGUUUUUUUUAAUUAAGCAGCGGUGUUGGCCAAGUGUUUUCAGCGUGCGCGUCAUCCCUGUGUCGUUCAGGGAUGACAGCUGUGCGCCAAUAAAAUUUGUCUAUAUCCGCAUUUAACGUCUUUCGGGAAACUUCUAGUUUAGACUUAAAAAGUCGACGUCAGUUAGUCGUGUAUCGGGCACAGAACUGCCGAGUAGGAAAAACAUGAUCACGAAAUAGUUACUAGUUACAGAAUCUGCCGACUUCGAAGAUUGUAACUGAUUUUUUUUUUAAUUAAAAUUAUAUUUUUUUAUUAGGAAGUUUAUAAUACAAUAUAAUAAUAAUACAAGAAAUAUUUGCUAGUAUAACUAGUGCUCAUUGUCAUCCAACCAGUGAAAGAAAUAUAGUUUUACAGGGUAGAGUCGGCGCUAAGUAUGACUCAAGUAAUAAAUAAAUGAAUAUUUUAAAUACCAAAUAUUGUUAUGAAUAUGUGAUGAUUGUAACUGUAGUUCCUAGUUUUCAUUGUUUUACUGUAGUUGAAAGUUACUUAUAUAAAUAAAGUUGUUUUGUUGUUUUAA